CCUGUUGGACAGGUAGCCGGAGCGCGUGCGGGCGGGCUCAGAGAAGCUGACUCACGGCUAAAUUAAACUAUGGACGGGAUUUUACCGAAGCUUUGAUGCAAUUUGAGCUUUUUGUAAUCGUUUCCAUCGUCACCACAGUGUGCCAGUCUUCAUAUCCCAGAAUGUGUCGAGCGGUCCCGGGACCGUCGGCUCUGAACGUGGUGCUGCUGCUGGGCUUCAGCUGCCUUCACGCUCCUUCUCCAGUCUCUUCCAUCAAAGUGAGCACUCCAGCAGAGAUCCAUGCAUCGAAAGGGGAAACCGUCAGGUUGUCAUGCACGUUCACCUCCACAAGUAGGCCGACCAGUAAGAUGGCUGUGGACUGGUCCUACAGACCCCAGACCGGAGGAUCACCGCACACAUUUUUCCACUUCUCCUCCAGUGUUUUUCCUCCCCGUGACGGUCAGUUUGCUGGUCGUAUCCAAUGGCAGGGAACCCCGGCGCGCGGGGAUGCUUCCAUCGCUCUGAUCAACGCCACGCUGAAUGACAACGGGACCUUCACAUGCUCUGUCAGAAACCCUCCUGAUGUCCACGGGUCUCCAAACUCGCACACCGUGCUCACAGUCACCCCAAAACCGCCCAGCAUUCGUUUCACCGAUGUCGCUGUCCUCAUCGCCUUCGUCCUCCUCCCCUCCUGCCUCAUCACCCCCAUUCUGAUUGGACGGAUGCUCUGUCCCAAGAACCAGCAUAGCCAAUCGAAGGUCAACAGAUCCCCCAUAGAGGUCAUGGAGGGAGAGGAGCAUGGCCCCCACCCACAGGGAGCCAAAGUAAAGGGAGUCGCAUGCUGUGACCUACAUCUGACGGACUCUGAGGAUGAGCUGGAUUACUACAGUCUGAAGAAGAGGCCUCCCAGAGACGAAGACUUUAUGGAGUCUGGAGUUUAGGAAGCACAGAUCUCUUCUAACUAGAGGCCCUGAAUGAAAGCCGAUGCUGGGCGUGUUGUUGGUCAGUGUCCACCACUCAGUGGAGCUGGGGAUGAAGUUUACUAGUUUGGAGGCCACUUUUUGAGUGCUUUCACCGAGUUAUUACAACACUGUAAAAUAUGCAAAACUUGGAUAUUUUUUUCUAGACGAGCUCCUCUGAGAAACUGUGCCUGAUUUUUGUAUAAUUGAGCUGUAGAUAAAGAGAAAUUUCUAUUUUUCAAGUUGUGAUGUGGAUAUUUUCUUUGUAUUUUGUCUGUAAAACGACCCCAUCGCUGUUUGAUCAGGAGCAAACUGACCCCGUACGUACA